AUGUUAAUUACGCCACCAAAUGAAAGGCGCCCUCUUCUUUUCUCUAAUGCGAUCAAUUUGCUGUUCUCAUGCACGAUUCUGGCGAAAAUAUGCCUGGUGCAUCCUGCGACAAUGCCUCAACAGCGCCUGCAUUUUGUUCAAACACUGCAACGGAAACGUUCAACACCAUCCGAUGACCUUUUGGCGCGUUCCAGCCAACAACCAUUGGACACAGACGAGAGCUACGCCUCUCAAUGCCAGCCUUCGCCACCUCGCACGGGCUCUGUAGCCUCUUGCGCCAAGCCAAGAACAUCAUGGAUCUUCUCUCACAUGCCAGACGAGGAUAUCGAAACGAGAUAUUACAAUCAACGGACCAGGAAAGAAGAAUGGCGCUGCAAGUAUUGUGAGAAGACAUAUUCUUGUUCCGGUGGAACUGCGGCUCCAACUAAGCACCUAACGGAUCCUCCUCCGGACGGUCAUGGCCUCCCAAAGGGCGCCCCACGAUCGGCCAAAGUAAGAACCAUACGAACCAUUCUCGAACAAGCUCGUCUUACGGCCGAGGAAAAUGUCCGAAAACGCCGUCGACUCAACAAUCAUUACGGAGACUCGGUCGACCCGGACCAGCUUGAAGUGUGUACGUACGGUUUAUUGCCGCCUGUUCUCUUCCAUUUCGACACACACCAAACUAUCAAGAAAUGGAUUAUGCGCCAGUAUGAAGAUCAGAAGGAGAAGGUCAAGCAGCGCAUUCAGUCGGCAAAGUCGAGGAUUCAUAUCAGCUGCGAUCUCUGGACCUCUCCCAACUCCCUGGCAAUCUUGGGCGUAGUUGCUCACUAUGUAACGGAAGACGGCAAGCUGGAACACCAUACUUUGGCCCUAAAGGUCAUCGACGGUGAGCAUGAUGGUUCUCAUCUCGCUGCGGCAAUUAUGGAAGUGGUUGAAGAUUGGGGCUUUGCUUCUAAGUUGGGCUAUUUCGUCAUGGAUAAUGCAACCAAUAACGACACAAUGAUGAAGUCGCUUUCUCUUGGUCGGUACACUCACAAUUCACAAUUUCUUUCGAACGCCUAUGAUCCCAAAUCUCACCGACUCCGCUGCCAAGGUCAUAUUAUCAACCUAGCCGCCAAAUCCUUCCUCUUCGUUACCGACAACGAGACGCUCGAACACGAAGAUUCCAGUCUGCACAAUGUGACACUGAAACAGAUUGAGGCGUGGCGGCGGAAAGGCCCACUUGGUAAGCUUCACAACUUUGCCGUUUACAUUCAGCGAAGUGUUCAGCGCAGCCAGAAGUUUAUGGCUAUUAGCCAUAACCGCAGGCUUGCGCGAGACAACGACACAAGAUGGAAUUCGUGGUAUACCAUGCUGCGAGCGGCCUUGAAUCUUAGAGAAGCAAUUGAUGGCUAUUUCAACAAAUGGGUACAAGCAGAUUGCGCUGGAGACAGGCUUUCUGCAGAGGACUGGACCAUCCUCGAGAAGAUCGAAUCUUUUUUAGAGAAGCUCAAAAUGACGACCAAGGCUCUGGAGUCAUCGUUUGCAACUCUCGACCAUGUUCUGCUGGCUAUGGACUUUGUGUUGGCACAAUUCGAAGCAGGAAAAGAGGCAUAUACUGACGAUCCGAUCAUGGCACCAAUGUAUAACUCGGGCUGGGCGAAAUUGGAUAAGUACUAUCGCCUUACUGACGAAUCGCCUGCCUAUGUCGCAGCUAUAGUUCUUCAUCCCUCGCAUAAAUGGCAUUAUAUACACGAGAACUGGAAGAGGGAAUGGAUUGAGUCAUCGGAGAAGUUGAUUGAGGCGCUGUGGGGUGAAUACAAACCCGUGGAAUCACUUCCUCUCGCCGAGGCACCAUCCACGACUACGAACGAGUUCUUGAAAUGGCGAAACAAGCAUCUACAACCGGCACCUAUCAGGGACGAGUAUGAGCAUUAUUGUAGGUCUGAGCGGGUGUAUGGGUUUACCAGUGCCCUUACAUGGUGGGUAGAGGAGACGCAGCAAAAGACCUACCCUAACUUGAGCAAAAUGGCCGUGGACAUACUGUCAAUUCCUGCAAUGGCUGCCGAGCCUGAAAGGCUCUUCUCUGGGGCAAAGAUAACCAUUACAGAUCGUCGAAAUCGCAUGGGGAGUGAUGUAGUUGAAUUACGACAGUUGAAUUAUAUCCUUAAUGGUCACGUGCAAUAUACGGGAUAUAUUGUCAUAUUGCCAAUAUGUUGGAUUCUUGGCAAUACAAUACAAUAUGGACCAAUGGCAUAUUGCGUAAUACAAUAUCAGGAGUUCCAUGACUUCCUCAUCGCAAUUCUCUGCUGCUGCAAUAAGCACGCCUUCUGUGGCCUUGAUAUCAUCUCUUCUCUGGCUAAAAAGAAGCUCCAUUACUCCCUUCCCAACGUGCCGGUUCUGGGCAGCUGCGAUAAGCACAUCUUCUGUAAUCUGGACCUUAUCCCCCAACCGGUGAAGCAGACGCUUCAUAAACUUUUCGCCAUAAUUUGGACUCCGUGCAGCAGAUAUGAUUACACCUUCGCUAACUGGCAACUCGUCCACUCUUUGAUAGAUAAGAAUCGGGGGGCUCAGAUGGGUAUGUCGAACAUUGAAGAAUACUCACGCAAGGCAAGAUCCAUGAAUGUGAAGGCUACGUGCCCAUAUCGUCCAAGAACACAGAUCGGCUCACGCCAUCCACCGCGAUCUGGUAAUACUCAUCUCGAAGAAGCCAGGCCCCCGAAGGCAGAUUUGACUCCAGAACUUCUCUUAUCUUAUGGUGCUAGGGGAAAGAAGUACGCGGCGAAAAGUACCACCGUGUUAUUUUGUAACCAUCGUGUAAGGCCACAGGUAAAAGGAGUGACGGAUGAGCUGACGAUAGUGAUGACGAAUCUGAAGACAGGGCUCAAAAUACAGACUAAAGUCGCUUUCUCGCCCUUUCACACUCCUUGUCCUAAAACCGCCACGUAUCAGGGUAUGCAAGUUUGUACAAAUGCGAAUCUUACGAGUAUUCACGUCCAAAACUUGCCUCGUAUACCUAGGGCCGCCGAGAAUGGACACGACGUCGUGAUUCAUCUGCUGCUCGAUAAAGGCGCCGAUAUUAAAACAAAGGAUGAAGCUGUUAAGCUGCUGCUUGAUAAGGAUUCUAAUGUUGUGACGAAGGACGAUGAGUAUGGUCGGACGCCGCUGUGGUUAGCCGCCAAGAAGGGGCACAUUGCCAUGGUUAAGCUCCUGGCGGCGAAGGAUGGCGAGUACGGUCCGACACCACUGUUAUGGGCCGCCAUGAGAGGCCACUACACUCUCGCAAGGCUGCUGCUUGAAAAUGGCGCUCAUAUUGAGGACAAGGAUAGUAGGUAUGGUCAGACGCCGCUAUCAUGGGCCGCCUAUAGCGGCCAUGAAGCCGUCGUUCAGUUACUGCUCGACAAGUCCAACGGGAAUACAGUGGAUACUACUUUGAGGACACCACUAUGA